CCCUGAACUAGUGAUGGCAGCAGGCACCAAAGCUGUCCAGACAGAAAAAUCAGAGAGGGAACAGGGGGCAGAAGGGUGAAACCUGUCGUUAUCUGCCUUUUAAUGCAGCUGCAUAAGCAAGCCAGGAUCCUGUGAUCAGAGCCUCCCAUGACUCACUGCAACCAGCCCAAGGUUGCUUUUCCACUAAUCGCCACCACAGUGCACAGACAUUAAAUCAGGAAGAUUCAAAUCCCAGCCAAACUUGCCUAAUCCCUGACUCACCCAGAAGCAACUGUUCUCCACAAAGCCAGGCAAAGAGGAAUUUCUCCACAAUAGGCACAAAAACAAGUGUUGGCAAACUUCCUCCCUAGCUGCAGCAACCUGCUUCAACAUGAAACGAGCCAUUUUAGGCUGCUUGGCUCCCAGGGUGCAUUCUGCCUGCCGAAGGCUUCCAACAAAACCUAAGGGGAUGCCCGCUUGAGAGACGAUCAAUCUGCAGGAGAAGACACAUUUGAAGAGGCUGCAGGAAAAAUGGCCAGCACCCAAGUAAUGCUGCUUCUCUUCUAUGGAGAAAUCUGGAAAUCCCUCUCUGCAGCAACACCUCCAAACGUUUCCAUGGACAGCAGAAAUGUGUAUACCAGCACGAGGAGUCCAGCAGAAGACAAAGAUCCUCUGAAUGAACUGCUAGCAACUGGACCCAGCUCACACAAACCUCAAGAAGCUCUGGCUGUGACGACAGCAGCCCAGCUUCCCGAAGCAGAGGCAGAGCCUAGUGAUGGGAGCUGGAUAGCAGCACUGAUUAUUGGCAUCAUUUUGGUUGGUAUGAUCGUGGCUGUUGCUAUCAUUCUUCUGUGGAAAUGCUGUAACAGGCCAGUUCCAGUAGAUUCCAACUGGGCAGGGCGUUCUCCAUUUGCAGAUGGAGACACACCAGAUAUCCUAAUGGACUCUGACCAGGCUACUAAACGUUCAUCAGUUUUAUUUCUGCUGCCUUGGAGACUGAAACAGGACACAAACGCACAGCAGGACCCCACUGCACCAGAGAAACCACCCCCUUGCACCACCUGCCAUGAAAACAGCCAACUGCCUCCACCAGCUGAAGGCUGCUCUGUAGCCAGUACCCCUGUUUCCAGCACAGAUCCACCCCCAGCUCCCACCUCAGAGGCAGCAAGAGACGCACAAGAUUCCUGUCCUGAUCCAGAUGAUUCACUUGCACCUCCAGAGCUGCCACCUCCACCUGACUGGCUCAGGGAACCAAGUGAGGGUCACAGCUCUGAGCUCAGCAAGCACCAGGAACCUCACUGGGAAGCAGGGGGAGAAUUGCCUGCCCCACCCCAGCUGCUGGGUCAGGAGAUUUAGGAACUGCUGCCCCAGCCCGAAGCCCCCCUGUAAGCUGCCUACAUUGACUGCCAGCACACUUCACUUUUUGCUCAGGGGAAGUACUCUUCAAACAAGUGGAAAAAGGAGAAGCUGACACAAGUGAGAACGCUGAGAGCACAGUGUGGGCAUUUCCUCAGCAUUUCUUAACUUCAGCUGUGACAAAAGGGAACAACCUGCUCCUGCCCAGAGCAACCACUGCAACCUACAGCCCACACUGUGCCCACCGCCCGUCUGCAACCAGGGACUCCAGAUCUGGGGGACUGCAGAGAGCAGGCAGUGCACACCUUGGGGUGCCAGCACACCCAGGGAUGGAACACACAGACUUGGAGCUGGCAAAAAGCAGCCUGGGGCUUCUCAGAACUGUUUGUCCUACUCGGCUGUGUAAGUGAAUGCAAUGAAUUCAAGUCAAUGGUAAUAAAGCUCUCCAGUUCA